CGUUCAUUCGAACUCUCCAAUGGAACUCACCACCACCCGCCUCCUCUUCACGCCAUACUCCUCCCCAAGACGACCCGUCGCCGUUCCUUUCACCACCACCGCUUGCUCCUCCGAUUCGCACUCUCUCCGCCUCCCUUUCGCUCAAACUCUCCAAUCCGAGACGCUGAAGACCCUGGAAUGGAGCUCCGUCUGCAAGCAGCUCUCCUCCUUCACCUCGACCUCCAUGGGACUCGGCGUCGCGCGGGACGCCGAUAUCCCUAUCGGGAAAACCCCGGCGGAGAGCCGGAAGCUGCUGGACCAGACCACGGCGGCGGUCCUCGCGGCUGAGUAUCGCCAGUGGGACUUGUCCGGGAUUGAGGAUGUGUCGGCCAUCGUGGAGUCAGCGAGAAAGGGGGAGUUGCUCACGAUCGGGGAGAUCUGCACGGUGCGGAGGAUGCUGAGCGCCUCGAGGAAGGUGGGGGAGGAGCUUGAGGUGGCCGCGGCGGCUGGUGGCCGAGAUUCUUUCGGGAGGUACUCUCCGCUUCUUGAAAUUCUUUAUGACUGUGAUUUCUGCAUGGACCUAGAACGAAAGAUAGAAUAUUGUGUAGAGUGCAAUCUUUCGAUAAUUCUUGAUAGAGCUAGUGAAGAUCUAGAGAUCAUCAGAUCUGAAAGAAAGAGCAACAUGGAAGAAUUGGAUUCAUUGUUGAAAGAAGUGUCAGGUCAUGUUUUUCGUGCUGGGGGCAUUGACAGGCCUCUAAUUACCAAACGCCGUUCCAGGAUGUGUGUUGGUAUUAGGGCCUCGCAUAGAUAUUUACUUUCAGGAGGGCUCGUUCUUAGUGUUAGCAGUUCUGGUGCCACAUACUUUAUGGAACCUAAAGAGGCCAUUGAGUUGAACAACAUGGAAGUGAGGCUGUCAAAUGCUGAAAGGGAUGAAGAGAUAGCAAUUUUGAGCCUGCUUACUUCUGAAAUAGCAGAUGCAGGGAUACAGAUAAAGCAUAUAUUGGACAGGGUUAUUGAAAUAGAUCUGGCAUUUGCUAGAGCUUCUUACGCCCGGUGGUUGAAUGGAGUCUGUCCAACUUUAAGUUCAGAUCAUUCUGAUGGUUCAUGUGCUGAAGCUGAUCACGUUCGACUAGUUGAUAUUGAAAGUAUUCGACAUCCGUUGCUUCUUGAGUCAUCAGUUGGGCAUCCCGGUGAUGUUGCUGCAUCCAAUUCCCCACACUUUGCUAAUCUAAAUAACAGUAUGAGGGGGCUAACCUCUAGCGAUUACUCAGGAACCAGUUCUGAUUUUCCUGUGCCUGUAGACAUCAAAAUCGAGCGAGGAACCAAAGUAGUAGUGAUCUCUGGGCCUAAUACAGGAGGAAAAACUGCUUCCAUGAAAACUUUGGGCCUAGCCUCUCUGAUGUCUAAAGCUGGCAUGUAUUUGCCCGCUAAGGAUUCCCCAAGAGUUCCGUGGUUCGAUCUUAUUCUUGCAGAUAUUGGAGACCAUCAGUCCUUGGAACAAAAUCUUUCGACCUUUAGCGGGCACAUAUCUCGGAUUUGCAAGAUUUUAGAUGUUGCCUCAACAGAAUCACUUGUCCUCAUUGAUGAGAUUGGUAGUGGAACUGACCCCUCCGAAGGUGUGGCACUUUCUGUGAGCAUCUUGCAGUAUCUCAAGAAUCGUAUUCAUUUAGCUGUUGUUACUACUCAUUAUGCGGAUUUAACCCUUCUGAAAGAGGACAGGCGGUUUGAGAACGCAGCUAUGGAAUUCUCCUUGAAAACCUUGCAACCUACUUAUCGGAUUCUCUGGGGGAGUACUGGUGAUUCAAACGCGUUAAAUAUUGCAAAAUCAAUUGGAUUUGAUGGGGAGAUAAUUGAAAGAGCAAAAGAAUGGGUAGAGAGGUUAAGACCAGAAAGGCAGCAAGAGCGGAAAGGUUUUCUGUAUCAAUCUUUGCUGGAGGAAAGAGACCAUUUGAAAGCUCAAGCUGAGAAGGCUGCAUCUCUUCAUGUUGAGGUUAUGAAUCUUUAUCAGGAGAUCCUGCAUGAGGCAGAAGACAUCGAUAACCGUCAGAAAGCUCUUAUGGCAAAGGAAACGCAUCAUGCCCUAGAAGAACGUAAGGCAGCAGAAAUGGAAAUCCAAACCGUGGUAAAAGAGUUUGAAAAUAACCUUGAAGAUGCCAGACCUGAUCAGCUUAAUUCACUUGUCAGGAAAUGUGAAUCCUCGAUUGCAUCUAUCUUAGAAGCUCAUCAACCAGGCAAACUAGAUUUUCCUGAUAGAUCGGGUGAUGCUUCGUAUGUGCCGCAGAAUGGGGAGCAGGUCCAUGUUAAGGGACUGGGUAAUAAGUUAGCUACUGUUGUUGAAGAAACUGGGGAUGAUGACACUAUCCUUGUCCAAUUUGGUAAAGUGAGAGUCCGGGUAAACAAAAAUGAUGUUAGAGCUGUUGCCAAUAGUAGAAGGAGUCGAGCUUCCGGUUCCAUCCCACAGUUAAGGAGGAAGUCACAGAAUAACCAUGAAGAGCUCCAGAAUCAAGCCGAGGGAAAAAAAGAUGAGGGCUCUUUGUAUGGACCAUUAUUGCAGACAUCAAAGAACACUGUGGAUCUUCGAGGCAUGCGAGUCGAGGAAGCUGCUAUUGAACUUGACAUGGCCAUUUCUUCUAGAGGCUCGUACUCUGUCAUCUUCAUCAUUCAUGGUAUGGGUACUGGAGCUGUUAAGGAACGUGUCCUCGAGAUAUUGAAGAAUCAUCCCCGAGUUGCCAAGUAUGAACAGGAAAGUUCACUUAAUUAUGGAUGUACAGUUGCAUAUAUUAGCUGAAGGUUUUUUGGUUGGUUUACCUCUGUCAUACUUUGGUUUUUCAGUAAUUUGGGUCGCUAUUUCAUCCAUGAGCAGUUUUUCUGGCCUUCCAUGAACAAUUUUGUUGCAGUUAACUGCCUGAAUAUGAGCGAUUUGUUAGCAGCA